AUGGCGGUGGUUGUGAUAUUUGAUGUUUUUGUUGAUGCUGUAAUUGUGAUACUUGUUGUUGUGAGGAUGAUAAUAGCGGUGGUCGAGACAUUUGUUGUUGUUGUUGUUGUUGUUGUAAUUUUUGUACUUGUUGUUGUGACGAUACGGAUGGCGGUGGUUGUGAUAUUUGAUGUUUUUGUUGAUGCUGUAAUUGUGAUACUUGUUGUUGUGAAGAUGAUAAUAGCGGUGGUUGAGACAUUUGUUGUUGUUGUUGUAAUUUUAGUACUUGUUGUUGUGACGAUAAUGAUGGGGAUGGUUGUGAUAUUUGAUGUUGCUGUUGUGAUUGUGGUGAGUGUUGCUGUGGGGCUGAUGACGAAUGUGACUUUUGCUGUUGUUGUUGUUGUUGCGGGUUGUGCCGGUGCUGCUGGUCCUGUCGCCAUUCGGCGGGCCGUUGAUCCAACCACACAGGCUCUUCUGACCGCCGGGCCAUUGGCUCGAGGCUGA